AUGGUUUUCCUCCAAGGUGACGCUCUCCUGGUCUACCGGGUCUUCAGGCACGAAGCCAAGCGUUCCACCAAGGCGCUGCACGCGCUGCUCCACGGCCUGGCCCUGGUCAUCGCCCUCGUGGGUGAGAGCUGGGGCCAGGAGGGCUGUAUGGGUAUGGCCGCCUUCGUGCUCUACCUCCUGCAGUGGCUCCUGGGCUGCGGUUUCUUCCUCCUCCCCGGUGCCUCCUUCUCGCUGCGUGGCUGGUACAAACCCCAGCACGUCUUCUUUGGAAUCGCCAUCUUCACCCUCUCCAUCGCCGCCUGCUUGCUGGGCAUCACCGAGAUGCUGUUCUUCAACAUCAGGGACUCCUACAGCCUCUUUGUGCCUGAGGGUGUCCUGGCCAACACCCUUGGGGUGCUGCUGGUGGCCUUUGGGCUGGUGGUGGGCUACGUAUUGACACGGGAUGACUGGAAGCGCCCACCGCUGGCCGAGGAGCUGGCCCUCUCCAUGGACUUCAAGACCCUGACAGAAGGCGAGAGCCCUGGUGGUGGCAGCCAGUGA